AUGUCGACUACCGUAUUCAAUAAAAUUUUGGACUUUAUGAAAGAUGGACCAGUAAAGCAUAUUACAGCAGGGUCGGUAAUUUAUAAAGGCACAGAAGAAGACCAAACAAUAUCAAAAGAUGAACUCUUAAAGUUGACGAUUAACGCGAUUCGGUCCAUGAAAAAUAUUGCUGAUAAAUGCCACGAGUUCGUAUCAGGGUUUUCAGAAGAAUAUAUUGAGGACUUAUGUAUAAAACUUACGCAUAAUGGGAAAUGGAAAGAGUCAGAUGAAACCUUUAUGGAAGUUACACAGGAUAUUCUUGAUGUAGUGGCCGAUGUUUGGAUGAAUCCAGCAUUUGGCCCGGAACUUAUGAAAACACAAAGUGAGGGAACGUAUGUAACAGAUGUGAUAAUUCCUUCGAUUUGGGCAUCAUUGAAAGGGCUACCAUAUAGUGCGGAACGACAAAGCAUUGCCAGCGCAGAUAGGAAAGGGGAUGGAUAUUUUGGAAAACGACCAGAUUUCAUGUAUUUACAAAAACGGGAGGGUAAGAUAUUUGAGCUUGUAUUUGGUGAAUGCUCACGUUUAUUAUGUAGCGAUACCAAGAAAAGAGAAGAUGGAAUAAAAUUAUGGAGGGAAACAAACGAUG